AUGGCGCCGCCCGUGGAGUACGGUGGCGGUGGGGACGGCGCGCGCGUCGGCUCUCCGGGAGCCGGCUUCGAACAGGCCUGCGCGAUCAUCGCCGAUGACAAGGCUGCCGCCAGCGCCGCCAAGGCGGCGAUGGAUCGCCUCGACGGCAAGAAGUACGGCGGCUACGUCGAAGUGACGCUCCUCGGCGCCAAGGGCGUGCCAUAUGACAAGUCCAUGUUCUCGAUGUUAACGAAAGCCCCGAGGGGCGAGGCCCAGCGGGGCCUCGUCGGCGACCUGCGGGACGCGGCGGCGGCGCGCGACGGCGACGGCGCCAAGAAGGCGCUCGCGGCCGUCGACGCGUUCCUGCGCGAGCGCCGCGGCCGCUUCGUCAAGCUCGAGCGCGGCUGCGCGCUCUGCCGCGAGACGUCGCGGCUCGUCGCGUCCCUCGACGCCGAGCGGGCGCUGCGGGACGUCGUCGUCGCGGGGCGGGCCAUGCUCGCGCGGUCGCGCGGCGCCGACGGCUCGUCCGCGUCCGCGACGCGGGACAUGGUCGAGCGGACGGCCGACGCGGCCGCGGCCGCGCGCGACGCGGGCGACGUCGACGGGCGGCUCCUCGAGGAGGCCGGGGCGCUGCUCGUCGCGCUCGAGGAGGCCGCGGCGACGCUGCGCGACGCGCACGGCGUCGACGGCUUCGGCCUCGCGUCGUUCCGAAAAUUAAGGAGGCCCGCGGACUACGCGGAGGGCCUCGCGUCCGCGGCGGAGAAGCAGACGGCGCUGCGGCGCCGCUUCGUCCACCAGGCCGUGCCCCUGCACACGUCGCAGCUCGUCCUGGGCGGCCGCGCGCUGGACGUCGCGCGCGCGUGCCACCGCGACAUCCUCGGCUUCUGCGGCGACAUGUUCAUGAGCUACCCGGAGGCCAUGGCGGCAAAUUUGGCGACGCACGGCUUCGGCGGGCCCGAGGACCUGCGGGACGAGAUCUUCGUCCAGCUCGCGAAGCAGGCGUCCCAGAACCCGUCCGCGUCGUCCGCGUUCAAGUGCUGGCGGCUCCUCUUCCUCUGCGCGUCGACGUUCCCCCCGUCGGCGGAGCUGCUGCCCAUCCUCGUCCACUUCUGCGAGGCCGCGGACUGCAAUGGCCCGCCCGGGGACCACGUCCGCGACGUCCUCGACGCGCUCGCGCCCGCGCGCAAAGUCCUCGCGGCCGCCGGCGGGGGCGCGCUCGAGCCCGGCGCGCUCCUCGUGCCGCUGGCGCCGGCGCCCCCGAGCGCCGGCGCCGUCCACGGCCUCCUCUUCGGCGGCGGCGCGCGGUCCGGCGCGCCGUCGAGCUCCUACGCGAAGCUCCGGCGCGCGUCCGUCGACCGGAAGCUGGUCAGGCUCCGGGAGGUCGGCGGCAACAUGAGCGACCUGCAGCCCCUCGUGGACAUGGGCAUCGUGCCCAUCGAGCUCAAGGACGUCGUCGACGGCGCGGCGGCGACGGACGAGGACGUCGAGGCCGCGUUCGAGCAGCUCGAGAUUUUGGAGCACGCGGACGAGGUCCGCGCGCGCUUCGACGAGCUGAUCCGCGCGGCCGAGGAGGCCGUCGCGAGCGAGGACGGCGCGCGCGACUACCACGCCAUGGACCUCGAGGCCCAGCUCAACCUCGUGCAGACGACGAAGGUGCCCGGCCUCGACGUGAGCCAGAUCAUCGACGCCGAGGAGCUCGUCGCGCGCAUGUACGACCAGCUCGACCUCCAGGCGACGCUCGCCGCCGCCGUCGACGCGCGGGACCUCGCGGGCCUCGACGAGGGCCUCGCGCGCGCGCGGGACAUGGGCGACGCGGGCCUCGCGCGGUGUCGGGACGCCGCGGCGCUCCGCGCGAAGCUCGCGCCGUCGCUCCAGAAGCGCCUCUCGGCGUUCCUCGGGCUCGCCGCCAAGGCGGCGAUGGAUCGCCUCGACGGCAAGAAGUACGGCGGCUACGUCGAAGUGACGCUCCUCGGCGCCAAGGGCGUGCCAUAUGACAAGUCCAUGUUCUCGAUGUUAACGAAAGCCCCGAGGGGCGAGGUGCGGCUCCUGUACAAGAACCAGGAGGCGCGGCCUUCGCUGUCGUUCUGGGUCGAGGCCGCGGACCCGCUCGAGUUCGAGGUCCAGUGCGACGCCGCGAAGCGCCACGACCCGUCGAAGGCGACGGUCGCGUUCGACGACCUCGCGAACCGUGAACCCGAAUUCUGGCGCGCGCUCGAGCGCAACAAGGAGCCCGCGGGCGAGCUGAGGCUCGGCGUGUGGUUCGCGACCAAGCGCGCGGACGCCGAGCCGCAGGGGCUCGCGCCGCUCGCGCGGCCGCCGCAGGGCCGCGGCGUCAUCGACCUCACCGUGCACUCGGCCGCGGGCCUCCGCGCCGCGAACGCCGGCGGUAUGUUCGGCGGCAUGUUCGGCGGCGACAAGGUCGACAGCGACCCGUACGUCGUCGUCAAGAACCUCGAGGGCGACCACGAGUCCGAGCACGUGCCCAAGACGCUCUCGCCCGAGUGGAACUUUCGGGUGAAAGCCGCGAUCCCCGACGUCGCCCGGAACGUCCUCGUCGCCGUGUACUCCAAGGCGUCCAUGUUCGGGUCGCCGACGUGCCUCGGCGCCGUCGUCCUCAAGCCGAAGCUCCUGGCCAACAAGAGCGUCAAGGGCGAGUUCAAGGUCCUGAAAUACGGCGGCGCGCGCGACGCGCUGGGCACGAUGACCGUGAGCGUCUUCAUCGGCGCGCGGCCGCGCGCGGAGGACCUCGCCGCGACGAAGAAACAAGUCGAGGACGGCGAGGUUCAGCAAGAGAUGCACGCCGGGGAAGACGGGGAAGCGGACGACGGGGUGGGCGCGGACGACGAGGACGACGAGGGCUUCGCCUCCAGCAUCUUCACGUGCGCCAGAGACGCGUCCGCGGAGGCGAAAGGCGAGGUCAAGGACGAGGCCCUGGGGGCGAUCAAGGACCUGGUCUUGGGGCUCCUGGGCUAG